AUGGAUGAUUUAGCUCUCCUUGACCUGUUGGAGUGUCCUGUGUGCUUUGAAAAGCUCGACGCCACAGCGAAGGUGCUACCUUGCCAGCACACUUUCUGCAAGCCCUGCCUGCAGAGGAUCCUGAAAUCCCAGAAGGAGCUCAGGUGCCCCGAGUGCAGGACCCUCGUCCUCUGCAGCAUCGAGCAGCUGCCCUCCAACCUGCUCCUCAUUCGCCUCCUGGAUGGAGUCAGGUGUGGACCGAACGUUACCAGAUUUGGCUCGAUCCAGAGGUCAGGGGUCCUGUCCUCCCCUGCCUCCAUCAGGAGAGUCCCCAGGGGGUUGCAACUUCAUCAGCACCGGCUGGCGACAAAUCCCAGGAUCCACAUGGAAGGGGUCCCACGAGCCAAGGCCCUGUACACCUACCGAGGGCACAACCCCGGGGAGCUGAGGUUCAAUAAGGGGGACAUCAUCAUGCUGCUCCGACAGCUGGAUGAGAACUGGUAUUUGGGGGAGGUCAACGGGAUCAGCGGCGUUUUCCCAGCCAGCUCCGUGCAAGUCAUCAAGCACCUGCCCCUGGCACCACCCCUCGGCAGAGCACUCUACAGCUUUGACCUGAGGAGCAGGGAUAAGACCGAAAACAAGGACUGCCUGACGUUCCAUAAGCGGCCGGUUGUUACCGUACGAAAUGACAAAGAUUGGAGCAAGGGCAAGUUAGGCGACAAAGCAGGGACCUUCCCCACCUUGUGUGUGGAGGGGGGGUACAGCCCGUUCUCCCCCAUGCCCACCCAACGCCACGCCGGGCAGCGGCGCGUGCCAGCGCCGGGGGGCAGAGGCCUCCUCCCGGCCCGGCAUGGCUCACCGCUGCCUCUCAGCCCUGCAGACAGCGAGCAAACAGCUUUCCCUCUCCCUCGCUGGAAUGAAGCCUCCGCAACAAGGAAAAAAAUUGGGGGCAAAAAUGCAAAAUUCAGGCAAAAUAUCAAAAUUGCGUUUUUAACGGGUUCUGUUGUAAUCGGCUCUCGUCCAAACACCACUGCAAGGCAACUCCUGCAGACCAGCAAAAGCCACUGGUCCCCGCAGUUUAAGUGUGCGUCCCUACGAACGGCGUCUCCCAAAGCGAAGGGCGCGGAUUCGCCGGCUUUCCCCAAGGUGCCCGACUCCAGGCGGAAGAGCCUGCGGCAGUUCUCCAUCACCACCGCCCUGAACACCCUCAACCGGAUGGUCCACGCGCCCGCCGAGCGGCAGGCGCUGGAGAUCAGCUCCCCUGUGCUCAUCAGCUCCAGCAACCCCACCGUAGCCACCCAGAGCAGCGAGAAAGCGGAGUUUCCCUACGGCACCCCUCUCCAGGUCAGCGCAUCUUACUAUCCCACGCCAGGAUCAUUGGGGCACUCAGCAGCCAUUGUCACUCUUCCCCAUCUGCAGCACCACAUAUCAGCUUAUAUGUGCGUGGCUCUCCAUUCCUACAUGGCUCACGGACCAGACGAGCUGGAGCUGCAGAAGGGAGAAGGGGUCCGCGUCUUUGGGAAAGACCACGACGGCUGGCUGCGGGGCAUGUCCCUCGUCACGGGGAGAGUGGGGAUCUUCCCCAGCAACUACGUCGCUCCCCUCUUCAGGAAAUCUAGUCUCUCUGACUCGAAGAUGCCUUCCCUGUACACCUCAUGGACGCUGUCAACCUCCUCACUCUCCUCUCAAGGAAGCAUCUCAGAAAACAGCCCGAGACAAAGCAGACCUUUGAAACCGGCACUGCUGCCCGUGCCCGUCACCUCAGCCGUGAGGACCACGGCCGCGGCGGCCUCGGGACAGGCAUCGUUGCGGCGCGGACGCGGCAGCACAAGGAAGAACGGAUCCCUGCAGAGACCGGGGCAGGCAGGGACCCCCGUGCAGGUUGCCGGCUCCCUCAGGCGUCCUCCCACGGCUGCAGCACGACCUCAGCAGUUUCAGCUUUAUCAGAACGUCAGCCCCCAGCCGCACAGCAUCCCUCCUGGAGCUGGCAUGGCCGAGGGAGGAACAAGGCCAAACUCCUCCCACGAUGCUUCACCGGCGCUUGUGGUCAGAGGAGGGGAAAGCAGAACUCCCUCUGUGUGCAGCUCAGUGAUCCUGGAUGCCAAAGACCCUCCAGCAAAGAGCGAGGCAGCUCCAAAGCCACCUGCAUCAGCCCCGCCAUCCAUUCUGGUGAAACCAGACACCUCCCGCAACAGCACCGAAAAGCAAGUGAAGACAGUGAGGUUCCAGAACCACAGCCCCCCGCCCCCCCCCCCGGGCCCGCCCACGCAGCGGGCCGGAGCCGGCGGCUGCGGUGGAGGCUCUCCUGCCAGAAGCCAGCCUGCCGGGCCCCGAGCUGGCGGUGCUCUACUCGCCCAGGACCAGCUCCAGCCCCCUGCACCAGCGACGGGCGCUGCACCCGAAGGCGCUGUCGCUGGACCUCUCCAGGCAGCUGACCUUCCCUGUCAAGAAGAACUACAGCAGCGUUUCUGCAAACUGACAGGGUAA